ACCGGAGAUGCUGCUGUUGGUGCAGAUUUUGUGGUUUUUACCUCUGACUGGAGCGGCUCCUUCUCUGACUAACGAGCAGCUGGACACCGGGGUGGACUGGCUGAGUAAGUUUGGCUACCUCCCGCCUCCUGACCCAGUGACUGGUCAGCUUCAGACCAAGGAGGCCCUGACCAAGGCCAUCAAAGCCAUGCAGAAGUACGGAGGGCUGAAGGAGACUGGAGUCUUAGACCAAGACACGUUGGGUCUGAUGAAAACACCCAGAUGUUCUUUGCCAGACGUUGCUGAGGCGGAGGGGACAAUGGGCCGCAGGAAACGCGGCUUGAACCCUCAGAACAAAUGGAGUAAGAGGCAUCUAUCCUGGAGAGUGAGGACCUUCCCUAAGGAUUCGGCCGUACUGGGCAGGGACACUGUCCGAGCCCUGAUGUACUAUGCCCUGAAGGUCUGGAGUGACAUCGCACCUCUAAACUUCCAUGAAGUGGCCGGCAGUGAUGCAGACAUUCAGAUUGACUUCACUAAGGCCGACCACAACGAUGGAUAUCCCUUUGACGGGCCAGGGGGCACCGUGGCACACGCUUUUUUCCCUGGAGAGAGGUUCACAGCUGGAGAUACACACUUUGAUGAUGACGAGGCCUGGACCUUCAGAUCUCCAGACUCUCAUGGGAUGGAUCUGUUUGCAGUUGCGGUCCAUGAGUUUGGCCACGCCAUCGGCCUGGUCCACACCUCGGCCAUAGAGUCCAUCAUGAGACCGUACUACCAGGGUCCUGUGGGCGACCCCCUGAAAUACGACCUGCCCUAUGAAGACAAGGUCCGAGUCUGGCAGCUCUACGGUGUCAGAGACUCGGUGUCCCACACAAACAGACCAAGCAACCCCUCCCAGACAGCUGAACCUCCUGUCCUCCUGGACCUUCCUGAAAACAGAUCCACCCUCCUGUUGGCUCGAGAUGCCCCAGACAGAUGCACCAGUCAUUUUGAUGCCGUGGCCCAGAUACGAGGGGAGGCCUUCUUUUUCAAAGGGAAGUACUUUUGGCGACUGACAAGAGAGAAGCAUCUGGUGUCUCUGCGUCCGGCUCAGAUCCAUCGCUUCUGGAGGGGCCUCCCUCCUAAUCUUGACAGUGUGGAUGCUGUAUAUGAGAGGCCUGGGGACCACAAAAUAGUAUUUUUCAAAGGUCUAAAGUACUGGGUAUUUAAAGACAAUAACGUGGAAGAAGGCUACCCUCGUCCAAUCAGUGACUUUGGCCUGCCAUUGGAAGGAGUGGAUGCAGCCUUUGUUUGGUUACACAAUGAAAAAACCUACUUCUUCAAGGACAGCCACUACUGGCGCUACGAUGACCACCUGAGACGUAUGGACCUGGGCUACCCUAAAGACAGCACGCUUUGGAAGGGGCUGCCGUCACAACUCGAUGACGCCAUGAGGUGGUCUGAUGGCUCAUCCUAUUUCUUCAAGGGGAAGGAGUACUGGCGAGUGCCGAGCAGCGACAUGGAGGCGGAGGCAGGAUACCCCCGCCUCAUCGCUAAAGACUGGCUGCUGUGCACCGAGAUGCAGUCUGACUCUCCGGACACAGAACCCAAAAGCACGGAGACCAGAGUCAACGUGCACCAUCAGCCAGACCACGCGGAGAACGGGUACGAGGUGUGCUCCUGCACCUCUGACUCCGCCUCCCCUUUAGGCGCCCGCCCCUCCCCAUCUCCCCUGUGGCUGCUGCCACCUCUCUGGACGCUCUCGCUGGCCCUCCGCUCAGAACUACUAUGAUGCCAAAGCAUGGGACAGAGUUCUCAAGCUGGGUGCAAGACAGAGACUCUUUGGUUGAGGGCCAGUGGACACUCAGUCUAAAUACAAACUGGAACAUUUU